AUCCAAGAUGGCGGACGAUCACGAGUCGAGACUUGCAUCGCAGAAAUGCUUUCACGAGACCUAAGUUUCCUUUGAAAAAAUACAUCCUAGGUCUCUAUUUAGAUAAUUAACGCCUUGAGCGCUCAGAAAGUCUCGGAAAUUUCUGAAUAUGGCUUUCUUUUUGAGGAAAGUGGGAGGAACCAGGUUCGUAAAGGAGGCACAUAGUGAAAGUACACUGUCUUCAGACACGAAGGAGAAACCUUCCAUCGAUGGCGUGUGGGGCAGUAAUGGUAGAGUUUUUAUCGCAACAAACGAAGGCAGACAGCUUGAAGUGACUGAUUCUGUACCCCGUCCAAGAUGGACUGAACGCUAUUGUACAAUAACAGAGUCGGAAGGUUGCCCUUCUUCACCUGUGGUCACUGUUUUACCAAACCCAAGCAAUCCAAAUCAGAUAUAUAUUAUUCACAGCAACAGUGUCACAGAAUGCUUUGAAAACAACCCACAGAAUAGCCAAUGGGCAAAAAGGCACUCCUUCCAGCUGAGCAAUGCUAAAGGAGCUAGAAUACUCUCAGCGGUUAUACACCCAAAUACCAGCAUGUUCUUUUGGUGCGAAAAGCGAGCACCAACUCUAAGCCUGUCAUCAUGUUGCUUGUGUAUGAGGGAAGUGCCGGAGAACUGGAGCACAGAUGUGCCGUCAACCCUUGGUGCUAUUGUAGUGAUUCUUCACAGCUGUCCUUUGGUGUCAUUGUUUAUUAUCAAUAAAGGAAUCUGUCUGGUUCCACAUCUACCUGAUGAGGACAAUAGGCUGUUGUUUUAUUGGACGUUUGUUCCAAGAGCAUUAAAGGCAUGGAUUUGGAAUCACAAUGCAGUUCUGGACUUGGACAAAACUGAUUUCAAGUCCAUCAUCAUGAAACUUCUUCCAAUCUGGCACUCUUUCCCCUCAUUAGAAAGCAACUACAUCCUUGGCCUCACAACACAUCCAACAACCUUAGAACUUUUACUUCUAGAAGACACUUUCAGCCUGUCAUCUGUAGUCAUUAAAGAAGGCAAGCCCUUGAUUGAGAGACUUUGUAUUCUAAGCAUUCCAGACACUCAAAAGAGCAAACAAGUCGUAAGAGAACUAUUUGCUCUGGGUUUAUUCGUAGGGCUGGUCUGGGAAUCUGGAGCAUGUGAUAUUUUUGAUUGCAAAAGUGGGACGCCAUUAUGCACUCUUACUGAUCUUACUGGUAUUAAAUUAAAUGUCUGGACAUGUGCUGGUACUGUGCCUGGAAUUGGUGUCUGGUCAUCGGGAGGAGUCUGGGAAGUCAAGUCAAGCUAUAUUUUAGAAGUAGCAGAAGUUAUUCAAACUGCAGUAAAACCGAUUGAACUUGAUUCUUUGUAUGCUUUUGAAAAUGAAAAUCAUAUGGAUAUAAAAGACAUUAAAGAAUGUGAUAAGCAAGCAGAUGUGGAUAAUGACACUACUACAUGCUCUGCUUGCCAGUAUAACAGGGAGUUUUCUAGGAAAUUAUUACCAAAUUGCAGAUGUUUGCAUCACAAUGUAACAAUGUCUGGGCCAGUAUCGGCAAUGGCUUUCUUACACGAGUGGGGCAUGUUUUCUAUCGAGGCAAAGAUUGCUUUGAGCUCAAUUAUUUCCAAGAUGCUUCUCGACAGCUCUGACAGUCAUAUUGAGCAAGAACUGCUGGAAAAAGUUGUCAAUGGGACUUUUCAAAGCCCAGUCUUUGCUUUGACUUCACUUUUCAACCAUCCACUGUACAAAGACUUGAUCAUCAAAGAAGUGGAAAACUUCAUGGAAAAGUUUCAAUGCAAUGAAAAAGCUGAUCAAAAAUGUAUUAAAACUGUAUUAAAUGCUUCUCUGUUUCCUUACCUGCAAAAAUUCGUUGCUUUAGUGAAGACAUUUGAUGAGAUUUUGAGAGAUCCAGAAGCAUUAUUGCCAUCGAUAGAGUCAAAUACAUCCUCUAUUGCUGCAGAAGCACGGGAGAUUUUAAACAAACUCAAUCUUGGGAAACCCGAGAGUGAAGCAGUGUUUAGGCUAUACUUUCUUCAUAGUCGUUGCCCAAAGGAUGUUGUACAGGCACUGAAUCAUUACCUUGGGCUGCAGUCACUAGCAAGCCAAAAUGCCAGCAACGUAUCGUGGAGUCAGCAAUGGAGAAAAUUCUACAGACUUGAGUGGAAGGAUGGACAGUGGCAGAAAAGUCGUUCUGCCUUAGACGAUCCCAAUAAUCCAUUCCUUAGUGUACUGUGCAAUAUGCUGUACAGCGAAGAACCUGAUUGGUUGGUGAACGUCAGAGAGAGUGGGAUGGCUGUGGUUAGGACUAAAGACUCGGAUGAACGAGCGCAAGAACACGUGAACCACUUAUUCUUGGACUGCCUGCCGGCGCUAAAAGUCGAAGCCAAUCAAAUGUCCACGCAUGUCCAUUCCAAACUCCUUUGGGCCGCUGGCCAAGAAAUGCAGGCAAUGCAGAUUCUCUUACGUCACGAAAUGUGGAGUCAAGCGUUGGACUUCUACGUAUCUCUUCCAAAGGAUACCAACUCCAUUGUCUUGCUCUUUACCAUGAUGAUCAAAGCAUUCCUUCGCUGUGGUGCUCCAAAAGAGGUGUCCCUCAAGGCUCUAGGCUUGGUCCCCCAUGGUUUCUGCUCGUAUGAGAUUUUAGCGAUAAUGCGUGAGAACGGGCCAAGGUGUGCUGAACCGUUUCAAUCUUCUACCAAGAUACUGACCAUUGGUGAUGUUCGGUCUUAUCUUCAGAAAUUCAUGGGAUAGAUUUCUGAGCAAGGUCUGCGGUAAGCAAGGUGCAUUCUGGUCUAGUUUGGGUGCAACAACACCAUUUAUGAAAUGAUGAUAAAAAUUCUAAUGACGUUCCAUUGUAUCUCUUCAUACUCCGGUUUCGAGUUCUCUGUUGCCCAGGGUUAGCCUCGAUUUUGUGUAGAAUAUUCAUGUGUGGUAUUUCAAAGUGUUCAUACAGUUGAAGUUGUGCAUUUUUUACUUAACCGUUGGUUAUUUGUGAAUAUUUUGAGGCUUAAAUGAGGCUAACCCUGAGUGAAUGAGUCCGUCGUCAAAGAAAAACAGCGGCAAUUUCAGGAUACUCGAAAAACGUCCAUUCGACGAAUCAAAACGUUUAGAUACUCAUUGCAAUCGUUUUUAAUUCUGCGUCUUACAUAAAGGUUUCUCAAACAUAGCCACAGGGAGCCCAGAGUAUAUAUACAUAAGAUCAAUAUCAGAUGCCAUAGGGAAAUUAUAUAGGAAAACAAAGGCGCGCGCGAAAAAAACGUUUUAGUGCAUUUUCAAUUGAUUUUUUGCUCUUUCGCAUUACCGAGGACAGUAUCUUGACCUCGAAUUAAAAAAAAAAUUAAUUAUAUAAUUUUUCCGAUUUUAUUUUCACCAUUCACUUUAAUCUAAAUUGGGCUCCCUGUGGCAUAGCUAAGGAAGUUAAUAAACCUUAAUCCUCAAAAGCUUAAUAAACCAAAGAAUAUUGUCAUAUAUAUAAUCUUGAUAGCAAUGGAAUUAAAUUAAAGUGAUAACAUCAAAAUA